CUGCUCAGCCCUCGCCGUUGGCCUUCCUUUUCCUUUCAGUACUCUGGUGUCUGGUCCUCUCUGCGCCUGCCCACCUCCGCAGGGAGGUGCCUCGUGGCAGCCCGCCCCUCGGGCCUGGUUUCCUCAGGAAAAGCCUUGGGAGGAAGCAGGGAGGGGGUUGGGAGCUGCGGGGGCCAGACUCGCCCAAGCCCUCCCAGUGCACUGGCCGCCAUGGGGCUGGGGCCCUUGUUCCCCCUGCUGCUGCUCUGGACUCGGCGGACCCAGGGGUCUGAGCUGGACCCCACUGGGCGGCACGUCUGCAUGGCCAGCAGCCCCUCUGCUGAGCUCCAGUGCUGCCCAGGCUGGAGGCAGAAAGAUCGAGAAUGCACCACCCCCAUCUGCGAGGGGCUGGACGUCUGCCGGGAAGACGAGGUAUGUGUGAAACCAGGCCUCUGUCGAUGCAAACCUGGAUUCUUCGGGGCCCGGUGCAACUCCCGCUGCCCGGGCCAGUACUGGGGCCCCGACUGCCGGGAGAGCUGCGCCUGCCACCCGCACGGCCAGUGCGAGCCGACCACGGGCGUGUGCCACUGCCAAUCCGACCGCUGGGGCGACCGCUGCGAGUUCCCGUGCGCCUGCGGCCCCCACGGGCGUUGCAACCCCGAGACCGGCGCGUGCCGCUGCGAGCCCGGCUGGUGGUCGCCCACGUGCCGCCGCCCGUGCCAGUGCAACCCGGCGGCGGCGCGCUGCGAUCAGGCCACCGGCUCCUGCCUGUGCGAGCCGGGCUGGUGGGGCCGCCGCUGCAGCUUCCGCUGCGCCUGCCACGGCUCGCCGUGCGCGCAGGAGUCGGGCCGCUGCGCCUGCCGGCCGGGCUGGUGGGGCUCCGAGUGCCGGCAGCCUUGCGAGUGCGUGCGCGGCCGCUGCAGCGCCGCCUCCGGCCUGUGCACGUGCCCGCCCGGCUUCCGCGGCACGCGCUGCGAGCUGCCCUGCCUCGCAGGCCGCUACGGGCUGCAGUGCCGCGACAGCUGUGGCCACUGCAAGCAGAAUGAGCCAUGCUCUGCAGACACGGGCAGCUGCGAGUCCUGCGAGCCAGGCUGGAAUGGGACUCAGUGCCACGAGCCCUGCCCUCCUGGCACCUUUGGCGAGAGCUGUAGGCAGCAGUGCCCCCACUGCCGGCUUGGGGAGGCCUGCCAGCCAGACACCGGGCACUGUCGACAUUGUGACCCUGGCUGGCUGGGGCCCAGGUGUGAAGACCCCUGCCCGACUGGCACCUUUGGGGAGGGUUGUGGCUCUACCUGCCCCACCUGUGUCGGGGGGGCCUGCGAUGCUGUGACUGGGGAGUGUGUCUGCAACGCCGGCUACUGGGGGCCCAGCUGCAACACUUCGUGCCCAUCUGGCUUCCAUGGAAACAACUGCUCUGUUCCCUGCGAAUGCCCAGAGGGAAACUGCCACCCUGUCUCUGGGGCCUGCCAGCUGGGAUCUCACAGUCAGGACACCGCCCUCAUUGCGGGCAUUCUUGUGCCUCUGCUGCUUCUCCUCCUGGCCAUCGCCUGCUGUGCCUGCUGCUGCUGGGCUGCCCGGUUGGAUCCCAAAGACAGGCCAGCGAGAGAUGGAACCGCCAUGUCCAGGAUGAAGCUGCAGGUCUGGGGGGCACUGACCUCCAGCCUGGGCUCUGCGCUGCCCUGUGGUUCCCUCAGCAGCCACAAGCUUCCCUGGGUGACAGUCUCACACCAUGAUCCGGAGACCCCCUUCAACCAUAGCUUCAUCGAACCGCCCUCGGCUGGCUGGGCCUCGGACGACUCCUUCUCUACUGAUCCCGAGUCUGGAGAAGAGGACGAGGGUCCUGCCUACUGCGUACCACCCCAAGAAGGGAUGGUCCCUGUGGCCCAAGCAGAGUCACCAGAGGCCAGCCUGGCCGGAGGUCCCUUCCCUCCCCCUGAGGAUGCCUCCACACCGUUUGCCAUCCCGCGCACUUCCAGCCUAGCUCGGGCCAAGCGGCCAUCGGUCUCCUUUGCUGAAGGCACCAAGUUUGCACCACAGGGUUGCCGAGGGUCCGGGGAGCUCUCCAGCCCUCUCCGUAAGCCCAAGAGGCUCUCCCGGGGGGGGCAGCCAGGUCCUGAAAGCCAGGAGGCCGAGGAGGCCACAGGCCCGGAGCAAGCAGAAAUGAACGGGGCCCCUCCUGGUGCCGCCAGCCCCAGGGAUUCAGCCAUUGGCCGCCGCCGGCUCCCGCUUAGUGGCCGGACAGUGGCUGAACGUGUGGAAGCCAUCGAGGGCAGUGUCCAGGAGAGUGCAGGCUCUGUGACCACAAUCUACAUGCUGGCAGGGACUCCCCGGGGAUCUGAGGGCCCCGUCCGGUCUGUCCUCCGCCGUUUUGGUAGCUUCCAGAAAGGCCAGGCAGAGCCCAAGGUCAAGAGUGCCAUCCCCAAGCCUCCACGCCGGGCCCUGUGUCGGAACAAGGGCAGCCCCGGGCUGGCCUCUGGCUCUGCCAAUCAGAGCUCCAGCUCAGCCCCAAGUGAGGAGCUGCCUGGGGCCUUGGAGUCUGCAGGGACUGGGCCAGAGGAAGUGGCCAGGGGGCUAGGGGAUGGCAUCAAGAGCUCAGGGAGGGGCCAGGAGCUGGUCCCUGAGGGUGGUCCCCUAGAACAGGAUCCCCAGAAGCUGGCUGACGAGGAGCCCCAGUAUGAGAAUGUUGCACUCAUCUCUGGGCCACCAGAGCCCUGAGGACCUUGAAUUUCGUCAGUGGGAAGACUGUGGAUGGUGCUUAGGCAUCCGAACUGCCCCGAAUUAGAUUGUGUUUUGUGCUGGGAAAAGAUCCCAGGGCCAGGAAAGACACGCUGGAGCCCCUGCACUUCCACCAGGACGUGUCAGAGCUGGAGGCCAGUUGGCUCUGGCCCUGGCCGUGCUCUGGGAGUGGGUCUGGAAGGCCUGGGCAGAGACCCCACAGGAUGGGGUCAGGAAGGGGAAAGAGAUGGCUGCAGAGACUUUUUCUCUGUUGUCCUGUACUCUGUUUGCCCCCAAAGGCUGUUCUUUCCUUCAUUUGCAAAACAUUUUUCUGAAAUGGGAAACAACCUAAAUGUUUGAUGCUAAAAGAUUAAUUAAAGAGCUAUUCCUUAUGAAAGGUUCCUAAACAACCAUAAUAAAUCAGGUUGUGUAAGAAUAUUUAAUAUGGGAGCAUGUCCACACUAUCCUGCUACGUGUAAAAAGUAAGUUUUCUUUUUACAAAUUUCAUUCCUUUUGGCCUCAGAAUACAUGUUUAGAAUUCUUCCAUUUUGUGUUUAUUUUGUGACUGUUUUACAGACUUUUUUUAAAAAGAUGUAUGUGCAUAAAAAAGAUUUGAGGGAAAGGCAUCAAAUAGCAUUUUUCUCUGGGAGAUGAGAUUGUGGCAGAUAUUUAUUUUCUUCUUAAAUUUUUGCAUAAUUUGCAAAUUUUCUACAGUGAACGUUCUUUUUACUUUUCUCACUAGGUUGAAUAUUUAAAAUUAUAAUAGGCAGUAUUCUUCGUUAAAAAUAAAAAGUACUAACAUUAUAGACAUGUCUAGAGUAAAAAUGAGAUUUCUCUUCUCCCCAGUGGAUUCUGGGGGAUGAGGGAGGGGCCAGACUUAAUUUUCACCGAAUGCCUGUUGGUCUAGUUCUGAAUACUUCCUCGCAUACUUGUAUUAGCCAGUCAGGAAAUAAAGAGCAAGUCCCUCUGUCCCAGUGUGCAGAGAAUCUCAUGAACAGUUUAGAUGCUUCCUUUCAAAUGUUUUUCUGUGCGCAUGAAAAUAAAAGAACAUACUGUUCUGCAAUUUGCUUUUUUACUUAACAAUAUAACCUGGCUAUCUUUUGAUGUCAGUAAAUAUAAAGCUACCUCUUUUUAUAAAAAAUGGCUGCAUGGGAUUCCAUCAUGUGGAAAUAACACUGGUUAUUUAAACCAUCCCCUGCCUAUGGGGAUGUGGCUUUUUUCUAAUUGUUUUGAUACAAUAAAUAAUGCAGUGGACAACUCGGUCUACAUUUCCUUUCGCAUCAGUGCUAGGUUUUCUGUAGAAGAGCUUCCUGGAGGUGGAAUUGCUGGGUUAUGGGGUAAGAAAAUUAAACAUUUGAGUAUUUACUCCAAUUGGCCCUCCAAAAAAAGUUGAAUGGCUUUGUGUUCUCGUAAAUUAUGGUGGCAUCUAUUUCCCCACACCCAAUCUGAUAGGUUAAAAGUGAUAUCUCAUUAUUUUAGCACGCACAAAAAAUAACUAAAGUAAUAACAUUUUAAAUUCUUAAAAAGUUAAACUCUUUGUACAGAUAAAAGUUUAGGGGUUUUUUUUGGCCUUGCCAAGCAUCUUAUGGGAUCUUAGUUCCCUGACCAGGGUUUGAACCUGGGCCCUCAGCAGUGAGAGCACAGAGUCCUAACCACUGGACAGCCAGGGAAUUCCCCAGAUAAAAGUUUUUUGUUUGUGGGGUUUCUGUUGUUGUUAAGUAUCUUCUUUUUUUUUAAUAAUGUUAAUAUUUUUCUUUUUUCUUUUUUUAUUAUUUUUGGCUGCGUUGGGUCUUCGUUGCUGUGUGCGAGCUUUCUCUAGUUGCGGCGAGCUGGGGCUACUCUUCCUUGCGGUGUGCAGGCUUCUCAUUGCGGUGGCUUCUCUUGUUGCGGAGCAUGGGCUCUAGGCACGUGGGCUUCAGUAGUUGCAGCAUGCGGGCUCAGUAGUUGCGACACGUGGGCUCAGUAGUUGUGGCACACGGGCUUAGUUGCUCCGCGACAUGUGGGAUCAUCCCAGCCCGGGGAUCAAACGUGCGUCCCCUGCAUUGGCAGGCGGAUUCUCAACCACUGCACCACCAGGGAAGUCCUGUUUGUGUUUUUUAACUAUCAGAAAUGGUAUCAUUCAUGCACCCAAUGUUCACAGCAGCACUAUUUACAAUAGCCAGGACAUGGAAGCAACAUCAGUAUCCAUCAGUAGAUGAAUGGAUAAAGAAGGUGUGGUCUAGGACUUCAGGUUCGAGCCCUGGUCCGGGAAGAUCCCAAAUGCCAUGGAGCAGCCAAGCCCAUGCGCCACAACUACUGAGCCAGCACUCUAGAGCCCGUGAGCCAUAACUCCUGAGCCCACGUGCCACAACUACUGAAGCCUGUGCGCCUAGAGCCCGUGCUCUGCAACAAGAGAAGCCACCGCAAUGAGAAGCCCGCGCACCGCAACGAAGAGUUGCCUCCUCUCACAGCAACUAGAGAAAGCCUGCACACAGCAAAGAAGACCCAACGCAGCCAUAAAGAAAUAAAUACAUUAAUUAAUUAAUUAAACUUAUUUAUUAAAAAAAAGAAGACGUGGUCUAUAUACAAUGGAAUAUUACUCAGCCAUAAGAAAGAAUGAAAUAUUGCCAUUUGCAGCAAAAUGGAUGGACCUAGAGAUUAUCAUAGUAAGUGAAGUAAGUCAGACAAAGAAAAAUAUCAGAUGAGAUCACUUAUAUGUGGAAUCUAAAAAAAUGAUACAAAUGAACUUAUCUACAAAAGAGAAAUAGACUCACAGACAUAAAAACAAGAUUAAGGGGCUUUCCUGGUGGCGCAGUGGUUGAGAGUCCGCCUGCCGAUGCAGAGGACGCGGGUUCGUGCCCCGGUCCGGGAAGAUCCCACAUGCCGCGGAGCGGCUGGGCCCGUGAGCCAUGGCCGCUGAGCCUGCGCGUCCGGAGCCUGUGCUUUGCAACGGGAGAGGCCACAACAAUGAGAGGCCCACGUACCACAAAAAAGAAAAAAAUAAAAAAUAAAAACAACAAGAUUAAGGUUACCAAAGGGGAGGGAGGGAGGG